UGCAGAUAACUGCGUGACUUGAAACCUGAGCCUGUGACUGAACACUCUAUAAUCCAGUGGUGGGAAUCUGAUGGAUACCGUGUGACAGGCAGGGACCAGGAGCUUGGCCUCGGAUCCCCGCGGAGUAUGGAGAGAUUUUAUCUGUGUGUAGUUAGUCCCCAGUUGCCCUUGGUUCAGUUGGAGAGUGUCUGGCUAGUUUUAGAAGUCCUUUUCAGAAGAUGACUUUAAAUGUGGACAUUGAUACUUGCCUGGAUUCAGCUGCUGGUGGGAACAAUAACCAUAGGCAUUGAAUGAUGACCAGACUUGUGUGGCAGUGGAGUUCUUAGAUGAAUAGUGCCAUUAGAGGGACAGGUGUGGAAGGGUUUCAGUGGGGUGUUGAAACCUAGUGUAUGACCUGGCAUGGUGAUGUAUGCCUUUUAUUCCAGCACUCAGAAGGCCGAGGCAGGAGGAUUGUUGAGACUAAGACCAGCCUGGCUUAUAUAGUGAGAUCUUGUCUUAACAGUAUGGGGCUAGAGAGGCUCAGCAUGAGGCUUGGCUGGGUUUUCUUUAAUUUGGGAAGCUGGUCCAUGGCAUAGGCUUGCACUCUGACCCACCCGACCCUCUGCUGGCUGUGAUAUGUUUAGCAUCCCUAUUUUCUUCCUGCGUGUACUUGCUGUUCUCUUCAUGAUAUUAAAAUACUGCAUUCUAGACCAAAACACCUCUUGCUGAGAACUAGCUGAUAACAAUUUGUGAUGGCUCAGAAUUCCAGGAAGAAUUUUUAAAAGGAACUUCAUUACGGUGUGAAUCUGUGCACUUGAGUUCUAGGAAGUCACCUUUGUGUGUCUGCAUGGCUUCACUGGUGGCAUAUGAUGAUUCUGACUCAGAGACCGAGACUGAGCCUGCCAGAAGUGUGAACUCUGAAGGUCAGAUGGAUGAUGCCUCUGGCGUGACCAGACCUGCUGGGAUGGCUUUUGCAUCUGAUACAGUGGAUGUGACAGAAGAGGGGGCACAACACACAAAGAGCAGUCCUCAUGAAGACCCAAGGGACCAACAUCUGCCACUGCCUCGGAUAUGGAGCAGUCUGCCGGGAUCUUGUCCCAGCCAGAGGCUUCAGUGGCCCCCAAAGGAACCUGAUACCACCUUCCUCACCAGUGAGUCUCCUCGCCCUUCUUUGUGGAUAAGCCGAGCUCCAGCCAGCCAUGUGCCCCUGCAAGCUGCCUGCUUAAAGCCAGCAAAAGCUGCUCGGGAUGCCCUCGCGUCAUCUGCUCAUUCUCAAAGCAAAGUUGAAAGCACCGCUAAAAUUACCAGCUCUUCUCAGAGGAAAAGGGGUGAGGACUGUGUGGUUCCCUAUACCCCCAAGAGACUGAGGCAGCUGCAGGCACUGAAUCCAGAAGCUGGUGGGGGCAAAGAUACAGAGCCUCCGGGACCUCCUGCAGGGUGUGCCCCAGCCCCCCUCAGUGUGGCUCCCACGGUGUCUGAGUUCAUCCAGCCAUAUUUGAAGAGUCAGCACAGAGAGACUAAGGUCCCCAAGAAAGUGCUUUUCCACCUGCGAGGCCACAGGGGCCCUGUCAACACUAUUCAGUGGUGUCCAGUCCUUUGUAAGAGUCACAUGCUUCUCUCUACUUCCAUGGAUAAAACCUUCAAGGUGUGGAAUGCUGUGGACUCAGGGCGCUGCCUGCAGACCUACUCUGUGCACAGUGAGGCCGUACGGGCUGCACGAUGGUCGCCCUGUGGCCGGCGCAUCCUCAGUGGUGGCUUCGACUUUGCCCUGCACCUAACAGACCUUGAAACAGGAACCCAAGUAUUUAGUGGUCGGAGUGACUUCAGAAUCACCACGUUGAAAUUUCAUCCAAAAGAUCACAACGUCUUUUUAUGUGGCGGCUUCAGCUCUGAAAUCAAAGCUUGGGACAUGAGGACUGGCAAGGUGGUGAGAGGCUACAAGGCAACCAUCCAGCAGACCCUGGACAUCCUCUUCCUCCAAGAAGGGUCUGAGUUCCUGAGCAGCACCGAUGCAUCCACUCGGGACUCUGCUGACCGAACCAUUAUUGCUUGGGAUUUCCGGACCGCUGCCAAGAUCUCCAACCAAAUUUUCCAUGAGAGGUACACCUGUCCCAGCCUUGCCUUGCAUCCGAGGGAGCCUGUGUUCCUGGCACAAACCAAUGGCAACUACCUGGCUCUCUUCUCCUCUGUGUGGCCCUAUCGGAUGAGCAGACGGCGACGCUAUGAAGGGCACAAGGUGGAAGGCUAUGCUGUGGGCUGUGAGUGCUCCCCAUGUGGUGACCUGCUGGUGACAGGCAGCGCUGAUGGCCGGGUUCUGAUGUUCAGCUUCCGCACUGCCAGCCGGGCCUGCACACUGCAAGGGCAUGCUCAGGCCUGCCUUGGCACCACCUACCACCCCGUGCUGCCUUCGGUCCUUGGCACCUGCUCCUGGGGAGGAGACAUCAAGAUCUGGCACUAACUGGCAACUGCGACCCUGCCCCUGGGUGGCUGACACUGAAGUUGACUGGAGGUGCAGGGGGGCUGCCCGGCUGCCUGCUGAGCCUCAGUGACUCAUCUGUAAAAUGGGGCUGAGAAGCUGUCUCAGGGUAUAAGGACUGCAUUAGUAAAGGCAUUUGCCAAAUGCCUGGUGAUGCUCAAUCAGUAAGUGUGUGUUCUAUAGUUUUUCUUAGUGUGAUUUUGAAAUGAACACAUAUCAGCAGCCCCUGUUACCUUCAUCCUGCGGGUAGGGGGGCUUGAGGUGGGAUUGUCACCUGCUGGUCCCGAGAGUGUUAUCCUUGGGACACUGGGGCUCUGGGUCUUCGAUCUGCCCAGGAACUCUGUGCAGGAACUCCACGGGGCCCUGCUACUCGCCUGCUCCCUACUAGACACCAAAGCCAUGCUUUUGCUUCUCCCUGGUCACCUCUCUGGUCCUCUACCCUGCUGCUUGCCCACGGCCAGGUGGGAAUCUGUGCUGGCCACAGCUAUGUGUCUAUCCUGGAAGGGGUGAUGAGGAGAAGCAGGGUCCCAAAAGCACCUUCAGGAACUGACUGGGCUGGGUUAGGAAGUGUGGUGGUUUGAAUAAAAAAAAAAAAUAUGGCUCCCAAAGGCUUGUGCAUUU